AUGUAUUUAUUUACUUUUACGGGUAUUCAUUCAAUAGAACUUUUAGAAACAUUGGUGACUUGUGUUAGUGAAUUGGCCUUAGAUGCUCCAACAAAUAAGAAAAUGUUAUCUCGUCUGCUUCAGCUUGUCAGGCCUCCUUUCUUGAGUCAGAAAAAGCAGAUGACCAAAGAAGAUGCAAUCCGCACUGCAGAGAUUGCACGGGCAAGAGUGCAUGUUGAGAGAGUGAUACAGAGAUUACGACAAUAUAAACAUCUAUUUGGACCAUUACCAUGGUCACUGGCGCCUUAUUUUGAUGAUAUAUUAAUUAUUGUUGGUGGUCUUACAAAUUUGGGUCCACCAAUUAUUCACAUUAAUAAAUUUAUGUAUUUUUUGAAAAUUAUACCUAAAAGCGAAACAAGGGAAGCUUAUGAAUAG